AGAAAUAAUCACAAAUCACAAUGUAAUGUGAUUCCGUCUAUUUUUUAUUUUUGCAAAGUUAACAAAGCGAAAUUUCUAAUGCAGCGUUAUCUCAUUAAAUUCUCGUAUUCGGGAACGCGCUUUCGGGGGUUACAAAGACAGCCUGGAGAAAUAUACAACGAUGAAAUUCCAUACCGAGCUUCAAUUCAGACAAUUUUGGAAAAAGGAAUUUUAAGAUUCCUUCACCACAAAAAGUCAGCUACCUCCUUUGAACCUGGUGUCCAGUUCUCAAGCCGUACAGAUCAAGGAGUGCAUUCAUUUUGUAAUUUAGCUCAUGUUGACUUGGAGCUUCUGAAGAAUGGUAGUUGCAUCCCACCAGUUCAGCUCCAGAAAACUUUGCAUGUGUUCUGUCAAAAAUCUGACAUCAAUCUUACAGUGAAUAAUGUGGAAGCUGUGCCAUCAACUUUUCAUGCAAGAUAUUCAAGUUAUUCAAGACACUACCUUUACAGGAUUGGUAUAACCCCACUGAAUGUUAAGUGUCAUCCUGUCAUUGAAUGGAGAAAGUGCUACUUCAUAGAGAAACCUUUUUGUUUGGACAAAAGUAUUGAAGUCUGCAAACUAUUUGAAGGAACUAAAGAUUUCGCGUCAUUCUGUCACGGCAUCAGCGGGAGACCACCGGGGUACCCUACUGUUCGAACAAUAGAUGCUUUCCAUAUCAAACCUGGAAGACCUUUGUUUGAUCCUUUAUACGAUAAUUUGUAUUCGGGUAUUGAUUUUUAUGAUUUCCACAUCAAAUCUCGGUCGUUCAUGUACAGACAAGUGCGUCGUAUGGUGGCUCUGGUAGUGGCUGUAGCUAAUGGUCAUAUGAACCUUGACGAAGCCCGUCAGUUAUUUGAUCAUCCAGGACAGUGGAAUCCGAAAGCUAUGACAGCUCCGCCGUACGGAUUGUAUCUUCUAGACGUUGGCUAUAAGAUUCCUCAAGAUGAGCAGCCUCAACAUAUUAUUGAAAACUAA